AUGGAGAGGCUGCUGCAGGAGCUCAGCUCAGCUUCCAAGCUCUUAAUUGACUAUAAGGAGAUGUAUGAGUAUGAGAACCGUCUGAAAACCUUCACCAAGUGGCCCUUCCAGGAAAACUGCAGGUGCUCUCCAGAGAAUAUGGCAAAGGCUGGCUUCAUCCACUGCCCAACUGCAAGUGAACCAGAUAUAGCAAAAUGUUUCUUUUGCUUGUUAGAACUGGUGGGCUGGGAACCAAAUGAUGACCCAUGGGAGGAACACACCAAACGUCACACCUGUGACUUCUUAGCCCUUCCCAAGCACUUUGGUGAUCUGACAAUGGAGGAGUACUACAUGCUGGAGCUGACACGGCUGAAGACCUUCAUUCGCAAAGUUGGCAACCGCACAAUAAACGCUUUUGAAGAAGAAGUCGCGGCGACGAGGCAGAGGCUGCAGAAUUACUUCGGCUCCGGAGCCUCGCUGCCGGCACUGCCGCCUGCCGAGGAUGAGCCUGCAGCCCAGGAGCCGGGAGGCUCAGCUGCCGGCCCCACGGAGCCCAGGACAAGUGAGCUGUGACCUCUGGCUCUACAAGGGUCUCUUACUUUGGUGCAAACAUCCCUGUCUUUGUCUGAGUGCCAAUCCAAAGCUGAGCAGGUGUGUGAGGAAGUGUGUGUAGAGAAGUGCUCCUGGAUCAGGAGUGAGCACAGCCAGGGAUGGGCUGGCUCUCACCGUGUGCUUCCUUGUUAUUGCUGGGUGUGGAGAUAAGAGUACUUCCACUGCCCUGCC